AUGACAACAUUCUUGGUGGUCGUUCUUCUGGGUGUGGCCGCAGCCAAGCCGCCUCCGUCUCUGCUACGAAGACCACCGCCUUCCGUCCAGGAUGUCAAGUCUCUGGAGCCCGUGCCCUGCAGCUGCGGCGUGGCCAACCGCGCCUCCCGGGUGGUCGGCGGCGUCGAGACCGAGGUCAACGAGUACCCGUGGCAGGCGGGCCUGGUCAGCCCCGGCGGGACCCGCACCUGGUGCGGCGGCAGCCUCAUCAACGACCGGUACGUGGUGACGGCGGCCCACUGCACCAGUGGCAACACGGCGUCGCAGAUCCAGGUGCUGCUGGGCGACCACCGCAUCAGCGUCACCGACGGUGAGUCGCGUCACACCCUCAGUCACAUCAUCGAUCACCCGUCCUACGUGACGCACAGCCAGGGUUACGACAUCUCCCUGCUGAAGCUGUCCAGUCCGGUGACGUUCAACAGCCGCGGCGGCCCGCUCGUCACGCUGGAGAACAGCAAGUACGCCCUGAUCGGCGUCGUCUCGUUCGGCCGGCCGUGCGCCGUGGCGAACACACCCGACGUCUUCGCCAGGGUUACAGCGGUGCUGUCCUGGAUCCAGAGCAGCACGACCGACGCUACCUACUGCAGCUAG